AUGGCACAUCCCGGUGGCAUCGAGUCCCCGGCUUUGAUGGAAAUUCCUACCUUUAGAGAUCAAGUUGCCGACUACAACAUCUUUGAAGUCAGGAUUGAUGGUGGAGGCAAGCGCCUCCCUUCUGCCCAGGACUUGCUGCACGAUACUGCAGACUGGAGGCAUGACUUGGACGUCACAGUGCUGGCGUUUGCACAGUGGCUUUCCGAGAUGAAGUUGCGCAGCAACUCUUCCCUUCAGCAGAUGCUGGCAGAAAUGGGCAUCAUCCGCAAUGGCAUUACGUCCAACAACACGGAUUUGACAGAGUUCAAAAGAAACACUGCUACCGUGCAGCAGCAAAUGCAGUCGCAGAUCUCCGAUUUACGAGACAAGCUGACUGAUGCGUACACCGAGAUCGCCAACAUGAAGAAAACGAAAAGUCAUUUCGAGCAGGAGGUCCAUGCAGACUGCCAGUCUUUGUCGGAGCAACUGCAGUUCAAGACGCUGGAGCUUGAAACCUUGAAAAAGGCUUAUGCUCACACGCAUCAACAGCUCCAGCAGCAGAUCAUCCAGUUGCAAACAGAGGUUAACGAGCUCAGAAUGAAGGGCGAUGAUGUGAACAGGCAGCAGCAUCUCACUUUCGAGCAAAGCGUCAACAAGGUCUCUGAGGUCGCAGGGCUUCCUUCAUUUGUGGAUUUUGAGGAUGCUGCGACCGUGUGCUAG